CUUCCGCUCUUCCAUCCAUACUAGCUUUCGACGGGGGCAAUGGCGAUGGUGAUGGCAGAGAGCAUUGUCGGUCUCGUUGUCAUCCUUAUGCUGGUUCUGAUCAUCCUCUUCAUUCUCCUGGCCUGCAGGCCAUGGCGUUUCUUCUUCUCGUCACCUCAACAUCGUCAGAUCAAGGUUGGAGACCUAGAAAGGCCUCUUAUUUCUGAUGAUAUAGGUUCUGUCCAAAGUCAAGUCAAUGACUUGCCAACAAAUCAGCUUUUAGAGGUUUUACAUCCUCAAGCUGAAGAGAAUAUCAGCUCACCAAGAACACAGGGACUUGCCUGUAAACAGAAGCUCCCAUCAACGGAUGAACAUUCUAAUCAAGGUGCUAACUUGGUUCUAGAUGUAAUUUCUGAUCCAUCAGAAGAUGUCCCAGUUGGUCAUACAAUUAAGCGCACUUUGGUGGCAAAGUGCCCAGUUGAAGAGCGAAAACAUGUGAAGAGAGAAAGGACAAAUAAUCAAUUGCCAUUCAUUGCUGAAAAUGAUAGUCCUCAAGAGCCUGGGCUUACGGGUAUUGAAGCUCAAAGAAGCAGCCUGAGCCUGGAAGUUAUAUCUGGUCCCUCUUGUGGGCUUCGUUGUUCCCUUCUGUCAACAAAUACUGCUAAACUUCCAGUGACCCUUGGCCGUGUUUCUCCAAGUGAUCUGUUAGUGAAGGAUUCAGAGGUCUCUGGGAAGCAUGCUCUGAUUAACUGGAACACAAAUAAACUGAAAUGGGAGCUUGUGGACAUGGGUAGUCUAAAUGGAACACUAUUGAACUCCCAGGCAGUCCAGCACCCUGAUAGUGGGAGUAGACAUAAGAGUGAGCCCUUUGAGCUUGCAAGUGGAGACAUUAUAACUCUUGGCACAACGUCAAAAGUGUCUGUUGAAAUUUCUCCACUUGUGGAAUGUCAAAUCCCAUUUGGAGUUGGCAUAGCAUCUGAUUCCAUGGCCUUGCGUCGAGGAGGAAGGAAGCUUCCUAUGGAAGAUGUUUGCUAUUACCAAUGGCCUCUUCCAGGAGUUGAACAGUUUGGACUGUUUGGCAUCUGUGAUGGGCAUGGUGGAGCUGAAGCUUCCAAGGCGGCUAGCAAAAUUUUGCCUGAGAUGGUCGCCAAUAUCUUGUCAGUUUCCGAAAAAAGACAGAAGGUUCUUUCCCUAUGUGAUGCUUCAGAUGUUCUUAGAGAUGCAUUUUGUCAAACAGAAGCAUCUAUGAAUCAUCAGUAUGAGGGUUGUACUGCAACUGUGCUUUUGGUCUGGGCUCAUGGCCCUGAGGAUUUCUUUGCUCAAUGUGCAAAUGUUGGGGAUUCAGCUUGUUUUGUAAGCAGUAUUGGUGGGAAACAGAUUAAGAUGACAGAAGACCAUAGAAUAACCAAUAAAUCUGAACGGAUCCGCCUGAACGAGACAGGAGAACCAUUGAGAGAUGGUGAAACACGGCUGUGUGGUAUGAACCUUGCCCGAAUGCUUGGUGACAAAUUCUUGAAAGAACAGGAUCUUCGCUUUACUUCAGAGCCUUACAUCAGCCAAGUUGUACAUAUAGAAAAAGCAAGCAAGGCGUUUGCACUAUUGGCAAGCGAUGGCUUAUGGGACGUCAUUAGCAUUAAGAAGGCAAUGCAGCUCGUCUUUCAGAUGAGAGAUAAUUACUCUGCAGAUGGGGAUAACUUUGCUGAAAAAGUUGCUAAUUUCAUUUUGGAUGAAGCAAGAAGUUUGAGGACAAAGGAUAAUACGUCGAUAAUUUUCGUGGACUUUGCUACAACCAGUACCAGUAGAACUGAUUCUUGUAAAAGUUGUUCUUAAAUUAACAGGAGGUUCAUCUCACCAUUUUUUUUUAAACUUGGGAAAAUUUUGCUGCUCAUUUCCCCACCGGUUAUAUGGUUAUUAUCUAUCCUUGGUCUCUGGUCUUUGCAGCCAAAAACAAAUCUAUCGAAUCUGUUAGCUACACGUAAAAGUUCUUUGGCGUGCUUUAUGGAGAUGUCUCUGUUUCUGGGGA